GCCCAUGCUGAAAAAGAAGACUACUGGGACUCUGUAAUCUGCAGUGAUGUGACCAAGGUAAAUGUUUUUGGAACGGAUGGCUUCAAAACUGUAUGGCAUCGCAAAGGUGAGGGGCACAAAGAAAAAUGCAUGGUGCCUACAGUGAAACAUGGUGGUGAAAGUGUCCUUCUGUGGAGCUGCUGAGCUAUGAGUGCUGCUGGUGUCGGGGAGCUGCAUUUAAUUGAUGGGAUCAUGAAUUCACAGAUGUACUGCUCUAUAUUGAAAGAGAAAUUUUCCAACAUGACAAUAAUCCAAAACCCACAUCUGUUGCAUUUCUGA